UUAUAAAAUAUAUGUUUAGUUUGAGGGAAACUUCAUGUUACCUGAUACGGUAACCGAGCAAGAAGUUUUGAAUGACCUAUCAGUUGAAGCUUUUGGGUUGAUUCAAAAAGAUAUAAGGCAAAACAAUCUUACUUUCAAUUUUUCAACAUUAAUUUUGUUCCAUUUUAUUUUCAGGUUGUUAUGGAAGCAAAUCAGCAUCUCAACCAUCAAGUCCUCCAAAGGUGGUCACCAAAAUUGAAAAAGUUUAUGAGAUUGAAGAAGAAGAGAAUAGGUGAUGCACAUUUACUUUUUUCAUCACUUCUAUGAUGUUCCAACUUUUGGAUCUAACAUUGAUAUCUUUUGAGAAUGCAGCCCUGAAGAAGUAGAUAAUAUUAAUGCCAUCAAAAUGGGAAAGCAGAUAUCUCAGUCAAGUACUCAUUCAAAGUUUGAAGUUUCAUGCAAAGAUUUGGUUGGAAUGGAUGAGCAAUUGGAGGAAGUACAUGCACUUCUUGAUUUAAAAGAAUCAAAUGAAGUACACUUUGUAUGGAUUUGUGGAAUGGCUGGUAUUGGUAAGACAACCAUUGCUGAAGUCGUUUACAAUCAAAUUGUUCACAAAUUCCAGAGUAGUUGCUUUCUUCAUAUUUCUGAGAAAAAUAAUUUAUUAUCAUUACAACAUCAACUACUUUCUCAACUUCUAUUGAAAAAUGACAUUGAAGUUCGGGACGAGGAUUACGGAGCACAGAUGAUUCAGAAUGAAAUGAAAAGUAGAAUGGCUCUUGUUGUUCUUGAUGCCAUUGAUGAGAAAAGACAAGUAGAAGUUUUGGUUGGAAGUCCAUAUUGGUUUGGUCAGGGAAGCAGAGUCAUUAUUACAACAAGAAACAGAGAAAUUCUUCAUCAACUGAAUUACAAAGAUAAAAUGCGAGAAUACAAUGUGAAGUUACUUUCUCAAGAAAAUGCCAACUUGCUCUUCUGCAAAUAUGCAUUUGGAAAUAAUGACGGUCAAGAUAAGAAUGAGCUCUGUACUGAAAUUGUGAAGAAAGUUGGAAGACAUCCAUUGGCUUUGAUUUUUAUCGGAUCCGCUUUGCAUAAUAAAGAUGUAGCCACAUGGAAAGAAAUGUUAAGGGUUCUGUGUAAUGUUGAAGAAGAUUUCUUCAGUAUAAUAUCAAAAUUAGAGAAAUCAGAAGAAUUGCACAAUGAAUAAUGUGGGGAGAAGUUGUCCAAUUGAAGAAUGUGAUGAAGAAUACAAAUAAAUGAAGCUGUUUAUAUACAAACUGCCUCUACCUUGUACAGAAUCGUGAAGAGGUUCUUAUCAAGGGAAGACUGAGGCAAAAAAUGGCUCAGUUUGCUAAUUGUAAAUUUGAUGUUCAUAGUUUUUUUUAAGAUUUGUUCAGGCUGUUUAAUGUACUUUUUUUCUUUUUAAUUAUUAUUUUCUCCUCCUCUCA